AGUGACAUCAAGUGCAGGAGGGAAGAGAGAAACUGCAGCUAGUUCAGCAUCGUGACGGAAAAGCAGAAGAAGAGGGAGAAGGAUUAACAGAGGAGGGAGUUGCUUUUCCUCAUCAGCACCUGAUUUAUACACCUGAGCCACACACACACACACACACACGCACACGGACUAAUGAUACUGCUGAAUGGACCUGCCGCAUUCACCUCCACUCUUCCAGCUGUGGACAUUUGAGACUCACCCCUGUGGACAGACAUGCAGUUCUUCUAUGUGCGGACCCUGCCUGUUGCCCCAUGACCGCUAGAGAUAAGACACCGGCUUGUGCCAGAUGCCGAGAUAAGCAUAGAUGAAAAGAAACGGGGGACCACACCUGGGCGACCAUGUUGGGACAGAGUGUGCGUCUGCAGCCGGUUCCCAUCCAGAGCCUGUCAGAGCUGGAGCGCGCCCGGCUGCAGGUAGUGGCGCUGUACCACCUGGAGGAGAGAGACCUGGACUGUAAGAUCAACAUUCCCAAAGAAAUACGCAAACGAAGAAAGUCCCUCCGCAGACGGUUCGACUCCUUCUCAAAGGAAAAGAAAGAGCGAGAAAAUGCCCCCAAAGCAUUCGGCAUCCCGCUCUCCCAGGCGAUCGCCAACGACCAGGCGUACAAGCGGCGCCAGGACGCCCUGAAGGAGAGCAGGCGCGACUGUCUGGACCUGGAGGCCAGCGUCCUGCGCUUCAGGGCCGAGAAGAGGCAGUUCUUCAACGGGAGCAAACCUCUGGGCAGCUCCUCGUCCAUCACAGGAGGAGUCCCCGGGUCGCCUUCCUCCAACUCAGUGGCUCCGGCGCCGGUGUCCGACACGCAGAGCAAAGCGGCGUCGCCGACAAUUAUGGACAACGCCAGCCGAGGACAAAGAAGGGGUGGGCUGUCGGUGGACUGCCUCUCUGACCUUGUAGAGAGUCAGUCUCGCCUGCUGGAGGCGCUGCAGCUGUCCCACCCGGCCGAAUUGGAGGUGAAGAAAUCGCCGUCCGAAGGGAGGACCCAGUCCAAGCUGAGCCUCAACCCCAUCUACAGGCAGGUGCCUCGGGUGGUGGAGAGGUGCUGCAGCCACAUCGAGACCUAUGGGCUCCAGACGGUUGGCAUCUUCCGAGUCGGGAGCUCUAAGAAGAGAGUUAGACAGCUGCGUGAAGACUUCGACAUGGGGGUGGACGUCCAGCUGGACGAGGAGCACAGCGUGCACGACGUGGCGGCGCUGCUCAAGGAGUUCCUGCGCGACAUGCCGGACCCUCUGCUGCCCCAGGAGCUCUACCCCGCCUUCCUGCACGCUAACCUGCUGAGAGGAGCCGACCAGCUGCAGUUCCUCCAGCACCUCCUCUACCUGCUCCCUCCCUGCAACUGCGACACGCUGCUGCGCCUCCUGUCCAUGCUGCAGACCGUGCAGAGCUACGCCCAGGACACCGUAGGGACCAAUGACGAGGAGAUUCCCGGUAACAAGAUGACGGCGGCUAACCUGGCCGUGAUCUUCGGGCCGAACCUGCUCCAGAGGGAGGGAGGCGGAGACACGAGUCCUCAGGCGAUGGGCAUCGAGGACAGCACGGCGAUCAUCAGCAUCACUCUGGUGCUCAUACAGAACUACAGGAGGCUCUUCACGGUGUCUGCAGAGCUUCAGCAGGAAGUCUUGAUGAGUCUGAUCCAGACCGACCCGGAUGUCAUCGAUUAUCUCCUGCGGAGGAAGCUCAGUGGCAGCCACCUGACGGUAGAGGGCAGCGGCGAGUCCGGGGGUCGCCGGGACACAGGGGCCUCUUUGGACUCAGUGGGGGCCUCAAGCGGAAGUUUGUCCCCUCUUGAGCCGCCGUCGCCGCUUUUCCCUCCGGAUGGGAGCGGCGGCGACGGCAGCCUGACCAGCGAGGUCUUCCUCAACGUCCUCAAACUGAACCAGACCAGAAACUGGCCAGAAGGGAGAUUCGGUGAGGCCCGCUCCGCCAAGUCCAUCCGCCACAUGCGACAGUUCCACUCCCACCACAACCUGCUCAGCCUGUCCCAGCCGUCCACCUUGUCCAGGAUGCACAGCCAGGACGGCGACCCCCAGGACCGGCGGGGUGGCGCGCUGGGCGCCGCCAUGAGCUUCACUCUAGGCGGCGUCGGCGGCAGAGGGAGCUGCUCUAGCCUGAGCAGCUCCACCGAGAGCAGCAUCUGGGUGAGGCAGAUGCAGCAGGAUGAGGGCAAAUCGUCAUCGGCUGCCAACUUCUGGGACUUUUUUACUGGAAAAAGCUCGGGCUCUGAGACGGUGGUAUGACUAAAGGGAGGGGGAGGAGCUUAAAGAGACAACUGGACAAGCUUUGGCGUUGAUGCUGUCUGAAUCCCCCAAACAAACGGCCAGUUAAAGAUCUUAAAAACAACAACAACCAGGAACGAGACUCACGCACGCUCCACUUCUUAGGUUGAACAAUUCCAAGUAGCCAAAGUUGCACAACUUUUGGCUUCUAUACAAUACACAAAAAAUGAGGAAUGACAGCAAUUAAGCAUCUCUCUCAAAACAUUAAAGUGGUGUAAGACAUUGAUGAGGACAUCUGUGAUUAGCUCAUUCAGUCAUGAACAAAUGGGGGCCAAAAUCUGUGUUAUUAGAAAUGGAUGGAUUUAUGUACAUAUGUUGUAAUCUGGACUUUACACACAUCUCUGCUCUACAUACCAGCCGCUGUUUGGCCUCUACUAACACGUCACAAACAGCUGAAACCAGAUAUUUAACAAGUUAUAAAAAAUACACACCGUCUUCUUCCCUUCGUUCUUGUUAAAUCUGAAUAUUUGUUCCUGGUUUAGGUCAUUGAGGAUUAAUAAAAUGAUUUCUAUUUACUGAAUGUCUAAAUAAUGAAGACAAAACUAUAAUUUUUCUUCAAAUUCAGAAGUUUACAUUCACUGGGUUUAUUCUGAUGUCAAAGCUUUGUAAGUUUCUGAAAGGUUAGUUCAGACUAGCUGUGUUUCCAUUGACCAUAAAGUUGCCCAAAUUGGAAUUAGGAGAUAAAUUUGCUUGAUGGAAACACGUCAAUUAAAAAAAAAAAGAAACUGAUGGUUUUUGAUGGGACGUUUUGGCUCUAGGAUGAGGUGGUUUUCCGAAUGUAUGAAAAUUAAUGCAUUUCACCAAGCUGCAAUGGAAACGCUUUUUUUCCCCAUCACACGAGGCAGGAAAAGUUUUUUUUUUAAAAAAGAGAACAGGAAGUGGUGGGAGGUUGAUGGCAUGAAGAUGUCAAAAUUAAAAUUCACGUGAUUUUAAUUGCAUUUCUUAAUGGAAACGCCACAAUUAUUAAAUUGUGUUUUUCCGACAUUAGCCCGAACAUCGAUAAAGCUUUGCCCACAUUCGUAAUGGAAAUGAAGCUGCUGUGGACGCAUUUUAAAAUAUUACAUGAUGCUUCCUUGUGUGACAAUUUAGGAAAAUUAGUGUGACUCUGUAAUGAAGUAUCAGUUUUACCUUUCUGCACAUCUGAAAGCGAGCCAGGUUUCCGUCCAUUUCCUGUCGCGUUGCAGCUCCAAAGACGUCAAAUACAUGCUGCACAUGUAUGUGGCAGAAUUUAGGUACAUGCUACUCAAAUGUCAUAGCCAUCAUGAAAUACCAUUACGCUAAUUCAUGCUACGCAACGCUAUUGCUUUGUCUGCGCCGAUGAAGAAUCCCUCACCUCAGCAUGCUGAAUCUUGGAGUGACUCCAGCUGAUGGCAGCCUGACCUACUUUCUGAUUGAAAGAUCAAGUGAUUCUUUAAGAUUAAGAAUGGAGUUAAGAAUGUGCUUCAUUAUAUAUACAGAGGAUUAUGAAAAUGUCUUGGCUUUGUAAGCUCCUGACAGGUUAAGUCACAGGAUUUGAUUAAAAGCUUUAUAUGCGAUUAACUUCUUGCUAAUUCCUUUUUUAAAAUUCUUUUAAGGCCAACAUACAUCGCAUAAGAAACUGUGGUGGGAGGUAAACUUAUCAUCCCUGUUUUAAGUUGUUUUGAACUUUGUCAUCGUUGCUCUGACUGAUACUGGCCAGUAUUAGCAAGCGGGGCGUUUUCCUGUAGCCAUUUGCUGACUUUUCUGUACACAUUUUCUCGCUUAAACAAAUUUAAACUGCGGAAGCAGAGCGUCACGAUCGCUCAUUGAAAUUUGUCACACAUUCUGAUUAACUUCUAAAAGUGGAGUUUGGAUUGCAAAAAACCUUUGUUAUACUUACUUGAAAUGAAUAAUUGUUGCACCGAGGGAUUUCUCCAACCUCAUUGAAGAAAAGGAAAAGUUGAAUUUUUAAAACAUCAUCAAUGUGACUGCAAUAAGUGUGGCAAAGAAGAGGCUUUGAAACAUUUGAACCUGAACUGUAUAAUAUGCAUUAAUUCAAAUGUGAGAAGCGGUUCUCAACAGCGCUCGAGAUUUUCUUUGCAUCUUUAUGUCCUUUUUGCAACAUGUCAUAUUCUUACAGCUAGAGGGCAGCAUUUCCCGUUUUGACCAGUCUGUGGAUAAAUGACAUCAUCACCAGGUUAGCCAAAUACAGAGUGCAUCAUGUGCAACUAGCAGCUCAGCAGAUGUUUGGUUCCUGUUUUCCUGACCCACAUACAGAACCUGUCCUUCACCAAAGCAGGUGAUCCUCUUUUUUUUUUUUUAUCCAUUGUAGAGGAAAUUGUCUAUUUUUCUUUUUGUCUGUUUUUCUAUACCAUUGUAUAACCUAUUAAAGUAUUGCUGAAUGCUG